AUGAUACAGGGCACGCGUCGCUGGCUCAGGCGCAACCGCACAAACUUUGCCAUCGGCGCCGGAGUGCUCGGCGCGGGUUACCUGGCGGGGCAGUAUGUCCUGGGCAAGCUCGGGGAGGCGAGGCAGCGCAUGAGCGAUGAUCGCAUCGCCAAAGAGAAUCUACGCCGCCGCUUCGAGCAGAACCAGGAAGACUGCACCUUCACCGUCCUCGCCAUCCUGCCCACCGCGACCGAGAACAUACUGGACGCCAUUCCCGUCGAACAGGUGCUGGAAGAGCUGCAGAGACAAAAGGCAGAGCGCCUGUCGCGGAGUGUCGGACCCAGCGAGAUUGCCAGUUCAGCGCCCCCGAGUGUAGCAGACACGACCGAGGAUGACGCUCGGAGCUCGAGUCUCCAGACGGAUAGCUUCAUCCAUGCCAGCCAGAUCGCUACUGAGGGUGACAGCAGCACGGGCCCUACCGAUGCCAUCCCAGAGGUCAGGGAGGAUAGGAAGAGCAAGAAGAGCAAGGCGCAGCUCUGGAGCGAGAUGAAGAUCAGCUCCAUAACACGCGCCUUCACCCUUAUCUACACCCUCUCUCUCCUCACGCUUCUUACGCGUAUUCAACUAAACCUUCUUGGCCGCCGAAACUACCUCGCCUCCGUCGUGUCGUUAGCCGCGCCGCAGUCGACAACCGAAGGCGCAAGGAUCAACUUGGAGAACAACGACGACGACAACUUCGAGCAAGCAUAUGGCAACGACUUCGAGACGAACCGCAGAUACCUCAGCUUGAGCUGGUGGCUGUUACACAAGGGAUGCAUAGAGCUUAUCGAGAAGGUACGGACCGCAGUCAAGGACGUCUUCGGCCUUGUGAACCCCAGAGAAGAGAUGACUCUGGAGAGACUGUCCGAACUUACCCUCGAAGUGCGCAAGAGGGUCGAAGGUGCAACAGAGGAAGAGCGAAGAACAUGCAAGUGGCUCACCUUCCUCCUCCCACCGCAAGACCAGGAAGACUACGUCCUCCGCGAAUCCGGCAUGACUUCAUCCUCCGAGUCCACAUCGCCCACAACAACAACCUCCCUCCGCCGCCUUAUCGACGAAACCUCUGACCUCAUCGACUCGCCUGCCUUCACACAUGUACUCACACAGCUCCUCGACGCUGCCUUCUCCCACCUCGUCGACGUCAAGAUUUCACAGCUCUCCUACAAGAUCCCGCCCAUCUCUGAUAAUCACGCUCGUGUGCAGGAGAUUGUUGGACACGACAUCAAGGCCAAGGUCGCGAACAGCUUAGCCGUAUUCUGCAGACAAGCGCACAGCAUCGGUACCGGAGCCAACAAUGAGUACCUAGCUGCUAUCGAAGCUGUUGGUGGUCUUGAGGCGUUCGCUGCUGUCGUCUACUCCAGCAAUUUCGAGUACGAAAGCCCAGAGGCUGCUGCUGCGUUGAGUCAAUCUGCUCCUGCUCCUGUCGAGCUAACAGCGCCGAGCGUGGUGCCUGAGGUUGCAGCUUUACAGGAUGCACAGGAGGUCAAGUCAGACGAUCCGUUCGAGAGUGCCUGGGGCAAGGCGCUGGCGAAAGAGGAUGGGAAGCAGUUUUAG